ACUCCCCUGCACGCGCCCUCCUCGCAGCCCGGGUCCGCGCGCGCUGAGAGGGGCUGGGCGGAGGUGGGAUCUAGCCGCUGCCAGUGGUGGUCGUGGGCCAGCGGGCGUGUACGUGCGAGCCGUGCAGACUGUACCAAGCAGCGACGUCUUCUGGAAGCACCGCCGUCGUCAGAGCGUCCUCCAGGCCAGCGACGCUCAUCCGCCGACCGCCAAACGGGUUAUUUCGGUCACCGUCCCGCAGUUGCCGGACUCGUUUUUUUCAGCGAGUGCGUGAAAAGAGACGCCGUCGUCGUCGCGAGCGGGCGGCCGCUGUGUGAUGAGGUCGCCGUGCCGCGGGGCUCUGGGCACGUUCACGCACGGCGGACGGUGUUGACGUGGGAGCCCUCGCCGCAAGUUCGGCUCAACUUGCCGCUUUUGUUUUUUUUUUUUUAACACACCGUUCGGCGCUGCGGGCGAGCGAAGGCAGACGCCGCAGAGGAACACGGCUGCUUCUGGGGCGGACGGUGAGUCGAAUAUCCAUGAGCUCCGAUUUCCCUCACUACAGUUUCAGAAUGCCAAAUAUAGGGUUCCAGAACCUUCCGCUCAACAUCUACAUUGUGGUGUUUGGGACGGCCAUCUUUGUCUUCAUCCUCAGUCUCCUCUUCUGCUGCUACCUGAUAAGGUUGCGGCACCAGGCGCACAAAGAGUUAUAUGCAUACAAACAAGUCAUUCAGAAAGAAAAAGUCAAAGAACUAAACUUGCAUGAGAUAUGUGCAGUGUGCCUGGAGGAGUUUAAGCAGAAAGACGAGCUUGGGAUUUGCCCAUGUAAACAUGCCUUUCAUAGGAAGUGCCUCAUUAAGUGGUUGGAGGUGAGAAAAGUGUGCCCUCUCUGCAACAUGCCUGUUUUGCAGCUGGCUCAACAGGCUGGAAGCACGGAUCCCCCCGUACCAAUACCACAGCCUCUUCCCGGCAUCGAGAACCUGGUGUAGCGGAUUUGAAUUCUCAGACACUACACCACAGACACACAAACACAUAUUACAUCACUUAUAUCCCACCUGUACAGGUAUGAGUCUAUGGACAAACAAGCAAAGGUGGAGUUAGUACUCAGAUGCUCAACAAAUGUGAAUCGGCAGCCAUCGUCACCUCUUAUCCUUGCAUUGGUUCACUAAAGGAUCAGCACUGACUGAUAAUCAACUGUUUUCAUAUUUUUUAUUUUCAUGGGAAAUGAAGAAAGGUUGAUUUUAGAAAGCGUUCCUUUGUCGACCGUGAUGUGGUCACAUUUCUCGCAACCAAAGCACUUUUUCUGGGGACACCAGCUAAAGACCAGGAUGAAAAAACAAAAGCCAAGAUUUACAAUACACUAAAAUAUUACUUUUUUUUAACAAGCACUUUACAAAAGUCAAACCUUAAUUGCUUGUGAUCGUAGUAGCAAAGUCGUGUUUUACAUUUUAUAUUUAAUUAUUAUUUUUUUUGUACAGUUUAAAGUCACAUGAGUUUUUAUUUUUAAUUAAUGAACUUUGAUUUGUUAACACAGAGAUAUAUAUAUCUGAAAGGGACAAAAAUACCAAUGUUCAUGGGUGUCAGAAGAUUUGGAUUAUAGAUUACAUUCGAUCUGCACAUACACACAAAAAUUUAGGCUCAAAGCAACUGCAAGGCAUUUUGUCUGCCUAAAUGUGAAAGGUUGAAUGCGCUGGAACUAAGACGUACACACAUGGACAAACCAUAGAACUUGUUCCUUCACAUGUUGGUCAAGCAGUUGUUAUUGAUAACAGUGUAACUGUUACUUUUACUUAUUUAUCAUUUUAACACAGAGGUGACAGUGAAAAAAACGUAAUUGGCAUAAAGGAAUUUCCUACUGUAUAUAUAUGAGUGCAGUUAGGCCGGCACAGAAAACAUAGUCAGCCCAGCUGUUACGCAUUAAUCUUCACAGUUCAGUACUUCAACAGAAAAGCAUUGAUCUGAUAAUCUGAACCAGUAUUAGUGUAUAACCUGGCACCUUAACUAUUAAACUGUGGAACAGAACAAACACUACUAAUGAGGCAAAAUCAAGCCAAAACCUUGUAAAUCUACAUAAAUGCACCACUUAGGGGUCGUUUAAGUAAAACCCAUUUGUCUGAGUGUCACAGUGGAAUUUCCUUCAGAUUUGGACUCAGACACACAAGAAAGCAACAACUGUCAAAUUGUUACGCUUGUCUGUCUUCUGUCAUUGAGUCGCAUCAACUAGAAAAUGAUAAAUAGUUCAUUUAUGGAAGAAAAUUUGACAUAUAUUCAAGCUUUGUUUUUUGUUGUCUUGGUACAGCAGCACAGACUGAAAGCAUCACACAUACUGCCCUCAGUGUAUCAUCAGCAUAUCUUCUGGUAAAGGUAUACACUACGUAAAACACACACACAUGCACAUUCUGUGGGGAGGGGCUGGAGCUUCUCCCUUCUCCUGGGCCGCCAGGGGGUCAGUAGUCAGCAGGUUGCAAUGAAGCAGCAUUUUUAUUCAUGUGAACACAUACAGGGUAGUUCAGCUUUUUGGCUUUAGUAUUCUGGGCCUUUCGCCUCUCUUCCUCUUGUCUGUACGGUACAGGGUGCUUUUUGUUUUGUGCCACACAUGCAGUAACUUGUACCCCCUGCUUUUGUGGACAUUUUUGUCCUCACCUCUUUUAGCUGUUGUGAGCACACAUGCUGUUUAAAAAGGGGGCCUGAAAACAAGCUGGGGUUUGCAGUGAUGGAUCGAAGAUGAGCCAGAGAUUAUCUUUUUCCUCUGAUGUGUGUUGUCAAAUGAGAUAACCAUACAUUAUUGUAAAAGGUUAAGAAAUGUUAACAAUGGCCUAGUUACAACUCUUUGUGUUAUUGUGCUGUAAAAGGCUUAUAUAUCAAAUUCUGAUUGGAGGAACUCACCAAGGUCAAAUAUUUUAUUUUUGUGAACUGAUAUUUGAUUUAGACCAAACUGCCAUGACAGAAUUGCAAACGCAUGGAUAGUUUAACAGGAAAAUGUGGUUGACCCUCUGUCAUUGUGUGUGGUUUGAAUGUUGUGUCUCUGUUAAAUGUCUGCCCACAUGCCACAGCGUUAGCUUUUGUGGUUGGGUCAGCUUCUGGUGAAAAUAUCACCUGUCAGAUGAACAAGAAAGCAACAUUUCUCUGUCCUUUGUGCAGUUGUUAGGCCCUAAUUAGGUUCAGCCUCAUAUUUAUGCAGCACAAUGCUACGCUGGUGAGAAACUAUUGUUCAACACUACUCAGAGAACCAUUUUGUGUAUAUAUAAGCCUUAUUUGAACAAAAACUGCCACAAACACAAACAGGAUGACAGCGAUUGGCAAUAUCACUUGUGUAUUCUUUCAUGAAUUGAUGAUUGAUGCUAUAUUAGCUGUGGUUUCAGAUUGAGGAGAAUUAGCUGCAUUGUGUCCUGUGCAGUAUUUGUUUUCUUCUGUGUUCAGUUUCAAGCAGGUUGUUUGAUUGAACUGAUUGCAAAUGUUAAAAGCUGAAGUGCAGUAUUUGUGGGUCAUGCAUUCAAAUUUCACUGGUUCGAUUAAAACUGGCUAGUACCUGUUGUCCCUGAAGGAUGACGUACCUAAUAGCUCAGUGUUAACACCCAAAUAUUCAAGCUUUCCUCCUACUAAUGAUUUUAUCUUUGAAUGUAAGGUUCACCUUAGAAAAGAAAAUGAGAUGUAAUGUGAAAGCAUGCUAGCUUGCAUAGUGAAGUUGCCACUGAUAUCACCAUUGCUAAAUGUAUGUAGACUGUAGUACCAGUAGUUGUGUAUUUUUACAUAAGGUGCACAAGAAAUGCUACUUUAUAUAAAGUGAAUGGCAGCUGAACACCUGCCAUUUUGAGUUUUGUGUUUGAUUGUAAGCACUUCUAGCCUUUCCACCUGAACGUCCCUGUUUUCCUUCCUGUGUGCCGUCCUAUUAACACUUUGAACAAAGUGCCAACUCGUGAUGAACUGUUACAAAUCAAAGACCUGACCUGCCACAAAGAUGCUUCUGCAUUUUGGGGGGAACAGAGCUCAGUGGGAGUCUGUCAAGUCAUAGCCAAAAAAAUAAGAGGAAACUGAGCCAAUCAUGGAUACAGUAAUAAAUGGCCUCCCACCACUGAAAUCACCAUUGACGUCAAUGCUGCUUCUGCGUUAACAUCAUUAUAAAUAGAAAAUACACAAGCAGAUGAAAUAUGACAGCCAGGAACUCCAGAUCUAAAGUGUACUGGUAAUUGCAAGUACAAGCAAUUGGAAGGUGUUUGAAUGAUGGCUUUAGAGUCAUUUUCAUGACAGUGUUCAGGCAGACUGAUAAAGUUCUGCUGUUCAAUAAGACAAAUGCGGGGUUUUAUUAUAUUUUCAGUGACCAGACUGUUCAGGAUGUGUAAUCUAUCACUGCCUCCCCUGACGCCAGCGUCUUGUUUGUACGCUGUAAUUUAUUCCUCUGUAGCACUCCUUGUGCCCUUCCAACUCACAAAUAUGUUCCCCAAACAAACCCUCCUGUGUUUACCAGAGUACCUGAGUAAAUUCUCUGCCAUCACUCUGUUUUUUAUUAACACUGAUUAUGUUUGUGGACUCUCACAGACAUUGUAAAACUAAGAAUUCUGCAGCAGAAUAUUUUUGGAUGAUUGCUGUACAGUAUUUGUAAGCUCUAUUUUUGUAUAUUGCUAUUUUGGAGAAAAUAAUAUGCAUUUCUUUUCCUUUUUUGUUUUUGCUAAUUUCAUGUUUAUUCAUUUUAAGAAAAUGUUGCAUGUGACUGACUUGAACUGUAAAUAAAAUCUCCAGGUUUUGGAAA